GGAACUAUCAACUGAAUAUCAACCGAUUUGUUUAGAACUAGUUUAGUACCUACAAUGAACAGGGAAAAUAUGAAAGUACAGACAAGUGCCUUCCUCCUCUCUCGAGCAACUAAAAAUAACCUUAUAUUGCUUCGAAGCAUCAACCAGGGGAGCACUUUGCUUCAGGGUAGCGUUAAGCGUAGUUGAUUUGAAAGGCUUUUGUGAUGAAAAUGAAUGUAUUUGUGGUUGGAACACCCUGCUACGCUUACAAUGGCACUUUUUAAAAAUUCGUAAAAUUUUAUUUCAGUAGAAUGUAAAGUAUGGCGGCAUUUUCUUCAGAUCCGAUUAUCGAUGAAUUUUCAUUCAAUACUCAGACGUUCAGUUGUCGCUGGGCGCCGCCCACUAGCUUGUCGAAACUCACAAAACAGGAUGAGAACACGUCAGACUGGAAUGGUCCGUGCUCCCGCGCGUAUGUCCACACACACCGCUCGUCGUUGACCAAUGACCCAUUGUCCUGGCCCGAUCUUUUGCACUGCAACAGAUGGAAAGGAAACCGACUCUGAGAUAUGUAACGGCAAUUACGACAGUAACCGAUACAAUUAACACCGACGAGUCCAGUCGAACGUAUAGGUGAAAGGUUGUGCGUUAACACAAGCCAGAUUGUUGCAAUUUUUCACCAAUUUUCCUCCCGUUUCUAAGCCAGCUGUAUAAAUGGCUGGCGGUGCUGCAGCACAGACAUCAGACGCAGUUCAGAUCUGCUCCAGUCUACAUACAUCGUGCAAGUUCAGCCCACUCAGCCAUGAAGGUACUGAUCGUGGUGUGCCUGGCGGCAGCGGCACUGGCUCAACCAGACAAACUGCCUCAUCGCUUCGGCUCAAACAGACAGCAGCUGCGCCAGCACGCUGUCAUCGACCAGAAGUCGUUCCAGCAGCAGCCCAGCCACUUCCAGCAGCAGCCAGUUCAGUUCCAGCAGCAGCCCAGCCACUUCCAGCAGCAGCAGUUCCAGCAGUCCAGCCAUUUCGACGACGACGAGUUCUCUCAGCCGGCUGACUUCCAGCAGCCACAGCAGCACUUCCAGCAGUCGAGCCAGUUCCAGCAGUCGAGCCAAUUCGACGAUGACGAGUUCUCUCAGCCAGCUGCCCACUUCCAGCAGCAGCAGUUCCAGCAGCCGCAGCCGCAGCAGCAGUUCCAGCAGCUGGCGCAGCCGGUUCGCAUUGAGCAGCAGCCGCAGCCGGUCCGCGUGGAGCAGCAGCAGUACCGCCAGCCGGCGCAGCAGCGGCCGGUGCCGUCCGCCGCCCAGGAGGCCGACAUCAGCCGCCCGCUGAGCGAGGAGCGCCGCCGCGACCGUGACGCCGUCAUCACCAGCUUCACCAGCGAGAUGAGCGACGCCGGUGCGCGGCACGCCUACACGGCCGACAACGGCCUCGAGCGAGAGGAGACCAUCCAGCUGCGCGAGGUGGUCUCGGUCGACGAGGACGGUAACGAGGUGGUGACCACAGUGCCGGUGGUGAGCGGCAAGUUCCAGUUCCUGCUGGACGACGGCAGCGUGGUGACGAGGAGCUACACCACCGACGAGCGGGGCCACCUGGUCUGGCAGGGCACCGACCUGCCGCAGGCGCCGGCGCCCCAGCCCGUCUACCAGUAGGGACGGGGGCGUCAGCUGCUCUAGCUAAUUAUGUGCCUAAGCUGUUGAAUUCUUGUCAUGUUAUCAGCUCACAAUGUAUUUGUUGAAAUAUACUCGUACUAAUUGAAUAACCACCUUUGUGUUUGAGAGGCAAUAUAACGUGAGAUUGCCUGAUGCCUAGAAAGGCUCAGAGUGCAGGAUUUUUCUUUCC